AUGGAAAGGAUUUUAUUGGUUUCUUUUCUUCUUGUACAACAGCGAUACACUAUUGAAGAGUUAACGAUGAACAACCAAACACAAAUUCAAGAACUUUAUGACCAAUUUCUAAUCAAAUAUCCCCGUGAUUUUAAUAUUGAUCCGAUUGGUUACGAUAAACGAUUGAAAGUUUUUCAAGAAAAUGUAUUGCUUAUCGAAAAGUCAAAUUAUGAAAGCAGUUCCGCUGUGUAUGAAAUCACAAAAUUUGCUGAUUGGACAGAGAACGAAUUUGACGCUUUUUCUCGCCCACUCAUUGCAUCAAAAAAUCGCACUUUUCAUCAUUAUGAUCACGACUGGAUUCGCAUUGCACAUGAUGGCUCACCUUAUCCAUCCACUUGGGACUGGAGACUAGAAGGCGUUAUAACUGCUGUAAAAACACAAUCAAUCUGUGAAUAUGUUUCAGCAUAUCAGUGUAAUUCAUGCUAUGCAUACGCGGUAGCAGCAGUAGUUGAAUCCCUCUUUGCAAUAAAGUACAAUCAGUUUAUUAGCAUAUCUGAGCAUGAAAUGGUUGACUGUGAUUUAACAAAUUUCGGAUGUUGGAGUGGUAGUACUAAAAAAUCAAUGUUACGAGGAAAGUAUAUUGGUUUCACGCACAUGAUGGAUUACCCAGUAAUGUUAGAAACUCGUAGCUUCUGUCCGCUACGUGGUCAAUUUUUCAUUAAAAAUUUGUAUCGAAUUGAUCCACACGCAGACGCUAUCGCUUGGUUUGUUUCACACAAUGGACCAGCUGUGUUAAAUUUUGUAUUUCCGAAACAAUACAAAUUUUACAAAUCUGGGAUAUUAUCUGAUGCUUAUGAAUGCUGGAUAAUGACACCAAAUCAUGCAGCUGCAGUGGUCGGCUACGGUAUGGAGAACGGUAGGAAGUAUUGGAUAAUAAAAAAUAGCUGGGGUGACUGGUGGGGUGAGCAGGGUUUUUUCAGAAUUGAACGGGGUACCAAUGCCUGCCAAGUAGAGAAUUACCCUGCAUCUGCUAGCUUAUAA